ACAGAUACUGGAUCUGCAAGCAUUCUUAAACGAGCAUCCUGGUAUAACGAUCACCUCUGGCAGUCAUGAGGAACAAAGGGCUGAAGACGCAGUCCUGAAGAUUGAUGGAGGGCCAUGCUCUUCAAACAGCAGGCAUUGCUGAGACAGAAGCUCUUCGUUCUGGGCAGCCUCGUGAUCGGAAGCGUCCUCUAUCUAGUGGCCAGGGUUGGGACUUUGGAUAGGCUUCAACCAAUUUGCCCCAUUGAGAGCAGAUUUCACCCCCCUGAGCCGGAGCAAAUCCCUCUCCGAACGCUGCAGUUCAAACGCGGGCUGCUCCAUGAAUUACGUAAGGGCAAUGCCACCAAAGAUCAAAUACGCCUUCACAACCUGGUCCAGCAGCUGCCUCGGGCCAUCAUCAUUGGAGUCCGCAAGGGCGGCACCCGUGCCCUGCUGGAAAUGCUCAACCUCCAUCCGGCUGUCGUCAAGGCUUCGCAGGAGAUUCACUUCUUUGACAAUGACAAAAACUACGCCCGGGGCAUUGACUGGUACAGGGGUAAAAUGCCCUUCUCCCUCCCUCACCAGAUCACCAUCGAGAAGAGCCCUGCCUAUUUCAUCACGGAGGAGGUUCCCGAGCGCAUUUUCAAGAUGAACUCCUCCAUCAAGCUGCUGAUUAUCGUCCGAGAACCCACCACCCGGGCCGUGUCCGACUACACCCAGGUACUCGAGGGCAAGGAGCGCAAGAACAAGACUUACCACAAAUUCGAAAAUCUGGCCAUUGAUGCCAACACCUGCGAAGUAAACACCAAAUACAAAGCAGUUCGGACAAGCAUCUACACAAAACACCUGGAGCGCUGGCUCAAGUACUUCCCCGUGGAGCAGUUCCAUAUAGUGGACGGGGAUCGCCUCAUUACAGACCCGCUGCCUGAGCUGCAGCUGGUUGAGCGCUUCCUCAACCUUCCCUCCAGGAUUAGCCAGUAUAACCUGUACUUUAAUGCCACCAGGGGAUUUUACUGUCUGCGAUUUAACAUUGUCUUCAACAAGUGCCUGGCAGGCAGCAAGGGCCGCAUCCAUCCGGAGGUGGACCUGUCAGUAGUGACUAAACUGCAGAAGUUCUUCCACCCAUUUAAUCAAAAGUUUUACCAGAUAACAGGAAGAACAUUUAAUUGGCCAUAAAAUGUAGUUUUCGUCAAAAACAAUAAAGACAAUAGUCUCAUAAGGUAACAGCACUUUGUUUAAUUUAUCACAGGUAUGAUAUUGUGACCAAAUGUUAAAACUUGAUGUAAGUUUGUUCUAAAUGUGUAAAAUGGGACUCAAUAGUUUGAUGUUUGGACUCGGAGGUUAGGCAGAGAGUCAGUUUUCCUAUCUGUCAGUGUUUUUCCUGUGAAAAAAAAUGUUAAUGCAGUCUUUACAGUGGCUUGCAGAAAGGUUUAUACCUCGCGUAAUAUUCUGCUUGUUGUAAUGUCAACACAGCAAAUAGUAUAAAUUUAAAAAAUCUGAAUAUAUCAGAGUAUGUUCAUUAUCAGAUUCUUUUAGCACAGGUGUAAAUGACCAGAUUUUUAAUCACAAUCUAUCAAUUUCCAAUAUUACAAAAAUCUGUCACGAUAGGAUUUUCAUUUGAUUCAAUCAAAUUCCCUGAAGUUGAUGGCUGCAACAUGGCAAAAUAUGAACGUUCAAUAGGUGUGAACCCAUCUGCAAGGCAAAGUAACUAAAGAGGGUCAUUUCAAGAAAAUCCUCACAGGCAUUUCUAGAAUUAUCAUAGACUUUAAAAGUCAACCUUUUAUUCAAUAAGAGAGUCAAAAUGAGAAAAAGUUCCGUGUUUUUUGUUAUUUGUUUAAUCCAAACUGCAUGUUAGGUACAGAUGCCAUGGUUCAACAGGUUCAGACAUCAUCUGUUGGUUCUCAGUCUCUGAUUUCUUACUUAGGCUAACUUAUUUGAUGUUAAUUGCCUUUGAUUUUCAGCAGAGGUUUAUCAGUUUAAGCUUAAGCCUUUAGCCUAUCGUCCUAUCUAAGGCCUGGUGCAGUGGUAGCAUUAGCCUUGGUUAUUGUUAAAAUGGAAGAGAUUUGCCUGAGUUGUACAUGUGUAUACGCAAUACAAAGAUUGUGAUAAACUUGAUGCCGUACAAUUUUAAAGGAGAAGUCCAGUCACCACGGAAUAAUCAAUGAAUCAUUAUUUAUUCCUAAACCUAAUGUCUUUGCUGUGAUUUAAGCAAUUUAAAUGA